ACCAGGCUGUGAAAGAUGGAGUGGCUAAAGAAGGCAUACGCGACUGUAGAGGAAGAGAUGGGUCAAUACGUGAGCCCCAAAAAGUCAAAGAAGACGGAGGGAGAAACUACAAGCGGCAAACAGCAAAACCAACAAGAACACGAAGAAGGUACAGCAGAGAAAAAACAAAGCACAGACGCGCAAGAGGGAGACGAUUGGGAUGACUGGCAAGCCGAAGAAAGUCCACAUCCGGGUACUGCCACUAGCUCUGAAUCAAAAAACGAGCCAAAAGAACGGAGCUCGGUGACAGAAAAUUUAGGAAAAAAUAGGAACGUUAAUGAACGUGCCAGUCCAAAGGUUGUUGAUGUCGCACAGUCAGCAGAGAUUGUAAAACCGGCCACAUCCGGAUCUGCAGCUGAAGGAACACCAACGAAAGGAAAGUCUCAAAUGGAGUCAUUGUCGAAGGAAGAUCUUGUGAAGUAUGUGAAGAGGCAGGCUCAACUGGUGCAGAAGUCUAAAGCCAAAUAUGACGAACUGAUGAAACGUCAUACGUUAUUGGAAGCCGAGAAUAAUCAGCUGAAGGAGAGAGGGCAGUCAGAAGAUGUUGACGAGAAGUUCCACACACUGAGUGAUGUACGAGACAGGCUGGCUGAGCAACUGCAGUCGGUAGUAACACAACACGAACAACUACAGAAGGACCACAAGGAGCAAGCAGCCAAACUCGUCUCACUUUCCAGUGACAGAGACAAAGUUGGCAAAGAGCUCGAGCUUCUCCAAGUUCAAUAUCAAACCACACAACAUGCAAAACAGGAUGUGGACUGUCGACUUAUUGAAUCGGAUGAGAAAGUAAGGAAACUUGAACAACAAGUGGGUGAGCUACAGUGCCAAGUAAUGGAGUUAGAGACAAGCACUUCAGUGCGUCAGGAGAUAGUCGAAAAGGAGGAAAUCGAAGAGCUGCAGCAAGCAACGGACGCUAUGCAGGCUCAACUGGCAGCAUCUCAAGGCAAAUUGGCUGAGGAGAUAGAAAAACAUGAAAAGCAGCUGAAGGAAUAUUGCGACGAGAGAUGUAAACUUGUAGCAGAUCUCCAAGAAAGUGAACAGCUGAAUCAUCGGUUGUCUAUGGAGGUGGAAACUUUAAGAACCGAGAGAGACACACUGCAGACUGACGUACAGGAGAAAGAAGAAUUAAUUCAGCAGACGAGUUCAGAGGCCAAGAAACAGUAUAGCAGUGAAAUUGUACAACUGAAUGAAUCUAUUAGUUGUUUGCAAGCAGAGCUUGUGACAGCCAGAGAUAAAGUACAUAGUCUUGAGUCUCAACUUUCAGACACUGUAUAUGAUGGUGUAGCAAAAGUUGAUAACGACCAGUUUAGUCAGAUUAAUAGCGAAAAAGAAGAGGCUCUCAUGAAGCUAGAACAAAGUGAGAAGCGUGUUAGAGAACUAUUGACCGAGAAUGAAACCUUGAAGAAUGACUGUAAACAGCAAGUGUUGGAAUUGCAGAAAGAGGAACCUCAAAGCAAAGAGUUAGACAGUGAAAGGCAAACAUUGGAAAGGAAACUCGGAGAAACAAUGAGAGAGCAAGAGGAACUUCAACAACAACUAAAAGAACUCACAAACAAUAAACAAGCAGAUCUCUUAAAACUCUCAGACUGUGAAAUGCAAUGCAGCAAACUGUCUGCUGAAGUCAAUACAAUCAAAGCUGACAACGACAGGCUGCAAGCUGCUCUACAAAAGAGUGAAGUGCAGGUCAAACAGACGAGAGCAGAAGCAGAGCAGCAACAUUUUAAUGACAUGGAAAGGCUUACGGAGACAACAGAAACGUUAGAAACAGAGUUACAAGAGUCAAGAAAACGGGUUGAGCAGCUUGAGUCUCAACUAUCGAACUCGAUUGGCGAAGGCUCGGCACAGUUGAAGGAUGUCAACGAUCAACUCAAACAAAUGGCCAGAGAACGAGCAGAAGCUCUUCUGAGAUUAGAAGAGAGUGAAAAGGAUGCAGAUGGAUUGUCCACUGAAAUUGAGAGUCUCAAGAUGGAUCUUAAAAGGCAACAGGUUGCAUUGCAGGAGAAAGAUGUCAAAAUCAAGGAGAUAGUCGGUGACAAGGAAGUGAAAGAGAGGAAACUGCAGGAAAAUGCUAAGGAGCAAGACGCAUUGAGAAACCAACUUGCGGAGUUACGCUCUGCUCAUGAGCAACUAGAGGAAACGCUGAAAGCCAAGAAUCAGGAGUGCACCGACUUGGAGAAGAAAAGACAAGAUUUAGGUAGACAGCUGGAUGCUCUCCAAACUAAUCUCAAGACACAACAGAAACAGUUGGCUGAUACAGAGUUGCAACUGCAAGGAGCAGUGAAGGAAGCCAAGCAGUCAAAUGUAAUGGAUCUCGAACUGGCAGAUUAUCAAAGGACCAUCGAAUCACUGGAGCAGAGAAUUCGCGAUAAAGAGCUUGAGAUUACAACAAACAAAGAGGAGAUGACACAGAGAGAUCAAUUGAUUGAGACAAUGAAACGAGACACACAACUGGCCGAUCAGCAACGAGAGCAAACUGAAGAAAGAGCCAAGAAAAUGAAAGUUGUUCUAGUCAAGACGAAGAAAGAGUUGAGCGAUGCGAAGACCGAGGUGGACGAACAGAAACAACGAGAAGCUGAACUGGCAGUUCAAGUCGAGAUGCUCACUCAAGCGAAUGAAGAAGAAAAAGUGCAUGUUGCCACUCUGACUUCGCAGUUGCAAGCGUUGCAAGAGCAGGUUCGUGCAACAUCUGAGUCUCAUCAUCGGUCGACGCGUUUGUUAGAACAGAAACUGGCAUCUAGUCACAGCGAAGUCGAAUCUACAAAAUCAUUGUUGGCCACAUCACAGUCUGAGUUUGAGGCAUACAAGGUGAGGGUCCAUAGUGUGUUGAAGCAGCAAAAGGCAAAGUCAAGCAGCAAGCAAGAACAUGAGGGAAAUGAAGCCAAGAGACAAAGAUAUGAGGAAGUCAUUGACCAACUGAAGAAAGAACACGAGGAAGCCAAGGAGAGUCUCGUUGCUGCUGUCAGCGACAGAGACAAUCUGGAAGAAGAGCUCGACCGACUGUCUGUUCGUCAUGACAAACUCAUUCAGGAUUCAAUAGCAAAAGAAAACCAGUGGAGAGAAAAAAUGGAAGAAACUCGCACUGCUGCUGUUGCUAAAGAUCACGCUCGCCAAGAGACGAUCAAAGACCUCACCAAACAGAACGAAACACUGACGGCUAGUUUUAAGGAACAACUGAAGGGUCUGCAGCAAGACCAUCGUCAUACUGUAGAGGUUUUACAAGGGCAAGUUGCGACAUUGGAAGAGUCACUGACAUUUUUGCAAACGAGACAAAACAAACGACCUUCACCGGAUCGUGCUAUCACAAGUCCUCAGGACAGAGAGACCCUUCCAACGUCGAUGAAUGAAAGACAGCGGCCUGCCUUUCUGGAAUCGGAUGACGUAUUCAGAGAAAGACAGCAAGCAGAGGGUAUGGAUCAAAUGGAAUUGGAAUCGCUUGCAUUAACAACUCCUGGUAGCGAUUUGCCAGAAAGCUCAGCAUUUAGCCUUGAGAGACUGCUUUCAGGUUCAGACGAGAGCAUGCGCGGUCCCGGCCUACCCGAUGACAAAGCAAAGCAACAACUUGUCUCAGCUCUGAAACAAGUCGAACAUCUUACCGGGGUGCUUCGUGAAACUGAAGCAACUUCAAUGCGGCUCUCAGAACAAGCGAAAGUUCUCAAGGAAGAAAUAAGACGGUUGGAGAGAAAUAGAGCUCGUGAUGAAGGAGUGAACAACUUGGAAUAUCUAAAAAAUGUCGUCCUAAAGUUUGUUCAGUCAACGGGGUCCGAGCAGGAACACCUCAUAACAGUCAUGUCAACACUGUUGAAGCUCAGUCCAGAAGAGAAAAUGUUAAUCAACGAGGCAGUCAAGGGAGACGACAGUCAAACGACUCAACAAGGUAGUGGCUGGAGCUCGUAUGUCCAUCGGUGGACAGGAUUCUAGACAGAUGGGCGUGGACACUAAUGUGACCGAACAAUCAAAUUCAAAAUGAAGUUUCUUUACUGAAGAGGAAGUACAGUGUAAAUAUUAUGUACAACAUUUGGAGUUCUAAAUGUUAUCAUUUCUUUCCUUCUAUCAUGAUAAUGUGAUAUCCAAAUUUAGUUUUUACUGGA